AUGUCAAAACAAUCUUCAUCCACACACAUGCAUGUCCCAACUGAAACCAGUGAAUCAUCUUUCCCAAAUGUUAGGGCAAAUGAACCAUUUCAAAUGAUCAACCUGGUGGAUCUGGUCUUAGAUGUUGCUCCUUUAUCCACGAUUCAUCCACCUCCUCAAAAGAAAGCUACGCCUUCUGUGUCUAAAACUGUCAAGACUUAUGAUGUUCAAACAUCUUUGGAAAAAGAAUAUAUCCCUGACAAUAAUUCUAGUGAAAAAGCUGAGGAAAAUGUUCCGGAACAUGAUGCUCUUGAAAGAAGGAGUAAGAAGAAGGAAAAUGGGUGUGUCCCUGAGCAUGCUGCUCGUGAAAGAAGAAGUAAAAAUAAAGUUGAUCAUGUUGUAAAUGUUGAUGAACUAACUUCUGAUGAAGAACUCCUUACCAAUAUUGCAACUCCUAGUAUAACCAAGAGACUACAGAGAUGUAAAGGAAAGGCAGUGGUGUUUGAAUAUUCUCCCUCCAGGGAAAUGAAGAUAAAAUAUGGUGGUUUGAAAGGCACUCCUUCUAGAAGCUCCAUAGGAAAAUCUCAUGUUGGUCCUACUAGAUCAUGGAGUAAAGUUGUUACCCCUACUAGAAAGAGGAAAGUUGUCUCUUCUAGUGAAUCUGAGUUUCAUUUCGAAAAGGAUAUCCAAGACAUCACACCUGUAAAAAGAUCUGCUAACAAGAAGCCUCAUGAUGCUAUGCCCAAGGCUCCACUGGACAAUGCUUCUUUACAUUAUGUGAAGAAUGCUAAAAGGUGGAAAUAUGACAUUCAAAGGAGGGUAGCUCUGAAGAGGGAAUUGGGUAAGGAUGCCCUAAAGUGUAAGGAGGUUGUAGAACUUAUAGAAGUUGUUGGGUUGAUGAAGAUUGUCACUAAAUUUGGCCCUUGUUAUGAAAGCUUAGUUAAGGAGUUUGUGAUGACUAUUCCUGAUGGGUGUGAUGAUAUGAAAAGUGAUGACUAUGGGAAGGUAUAUGUUAGAGUAAAUGUUGUGACAUUUUUCCCAGUUAUGAUCAACAAAUUUCUAGGAAGAACAGAAGAACCUCAGGCUGAGCUAGAGGUUAUAGAUGACCAGGUGUGCAAGGAGAUAACUGCCAAGCAGGUCAGACACUGGCCAAACAAAAGGAAGUUGUCUGCUGAAAAGUUGAGUGUCAAAUAUACUAUUCUUCAUAGAAUUGGGACUGCCAACUGGGUGCACACUAAUCACACCUCAACCAUCUCUACUGGUCUUGGGAAGUUUAUUUAUACUAUUGGGACAAGAAGAGCGUCUGACUUUGAAAAAUACAUCUUUGAACAAGUUUUCAAACAAGCCUUCUCCACUACUGUAAAAAUGCCUAUCUGCUUUCCAUCCCUCAUCUAUGGAAUCAUCCUAAACCAACAUCCUGGUAUUUUACUUCCUAUUGAUAGUGUGAAGAAAAUGUAUUCUCCCUUAUCACUCCACUACAAGCUUUUUGCUGGAACACAUGUCCCAUAUAUUGUCAUGACAUCUUCUCAGGUACCUGACCCUGUCAUCUCCAAGAAGAGUGUUAUUGCUCAGCUUAAGGAGACUUGUAAAGAGUUAGAGGAUUUCAUCAGAUCUAACACUUCAACAAAGAUCAAACUUGAUUCAUUGAUAAAGGCUAUGAUGGAAGAAGAGAAGAAGGAAGUUCUACAGGGUGGUAAUGGAAAUGAAGGAAUUGAUGUUCAGGACUACGCUAGUGGGGAUGAUGCUGAAACUGAUGAAGAGAAUGAAGCUGAAGAAGAAGAGUAUGCCACUGUUGACUCAGAUAGUCAGGAAGAUAUCUGA